AUGACACCUAAGAAGCAAGUAACCUACUCCAAAAGGGGCAAAUCAAAAUCCGUGCAGCCUACUUUUAGGCUGAUUGAUGAAGACACGGACGCAAAAAAUGAUCCAGCAUAUGUUCCACCGGCCAUGAGGACAUCCCCUACUGCACCUCGGGCUACCCGAAAUACAUCCCGGCAGGUGGUCACCGGCGUAGUCACUGUCUCCCAGUCUGAUGAAGAGAACAUACUGAUCGGGUCACCGGCUGAUUCUGCCUCCGGUUCUGAGGCUGGUUCUGCUUCCGGAUCUGAGGCUGGUUCUACUUCCAGCUCAAAGUCCGCCUCUGCUUCCGGCUUUGAGCCCGCCCAUGCUUUCGGCUCCAGUUCUGGAUUCGCCACAAGCUCAGGAUCACAUGACAAAGCUGCCUCGUCUGAUGAGGCCACCAGUUCGGGAGAAGUCUCGGUUCCACAAAGCUAUGACUUUGAUUCGGUGGCUGGGGAGCCAAACAGAUGGUGUGUUGAGGGGCAAUGA